GUCAAUGUCCCUGAAAUUCAUAGUGGAAGUAACUUGUUCGAGGGGGGGGGAAAAAAAAAAAAAGAUUAAAAACCAAACAAACAAAAACCCAGAGGAAAUGCUGCCAUGUGACCUUUUUACUGGCGCAUCCACGCUUCCGCGCUGCUCUAGGGGAUGCUGUGGGAUGGUUUUGCAGGCGGCUGCCCUUUAGGAAAGAUCGUCCUCCGAGCAGCGCGGGGGAAGAGUGGGGUUCCCAGCACUACCCCGGCCAUAACCCGCUUGUUUUCACAGCCAAGAGCCGUCCGAGGCGGGGCGGGCGCAGGCCUCCUGCUUCGCCCAGCGCAGCGCAGCGCAUCUCGCCGUGCCGUGCAGUGCCGCGCCGUGCCGCGGCCAUGGCGCCGUUGGUGCUGUACCACUGGACGCAGUCCUUCUCCUCGCAGAAGGUGCGCUUGGCAAUAGCCGAAAAAGCCCUCAAGUGCGAAGAGCACGAUGUAAACCUGCCGCUGAGCGAGCACAACGAACCGUGGUUCAUGCGGUUGAAUUCCUCUGGAGAAGUACCUGUCCUGAUCAUGGGGAAAACAUCAUUUGUGAGGCAACGCAGGAUUAUCGAUUACCUGGAAGCAACGUUUGUGGAUGAGGGAGUACCAAGAUUAAUGCCAGAAGAAGGGAGCAUGUAUUAUCCAAGGGUGCAGCACUAUAGAGAGCUUUUAGACUCCUUGCCUAUGGAUGCCUACACACAUGGCUGCAUCCUGCACCCCGAGUUAACAGUGGACUCCAUGAUUCCGGCCUAUGCUACCAGCAGAAUUCGUAGCCAAAUAAGUAACACAGAAUCAGAGCUGAAGAAACUUGCAGAAGAAAAUCCAGACCUUCAAGAUGCCUACAUAGCAAAACAGAAGCGCCUUAAAUCUAAACUGCUGGAUCAUGAUAAUAUAAAAUACCUAAAGAAGAUACUGGACGAACUGGAAAAAGUUUUGGAUCAGGUUGAGACUGAAUUGCAGCGGCGAAAUGAGGAAACACCAGAAGAUGAAAAUCAGCCUUGGCUCUGUGGUGAUUUCUUCAGUCUGGCAGAUGUGUCACUUGCUGUCACAUUACAUCGCCUGAAGUUUCUGGGAUUAGCAAGAAGAAACUGGGGAAAUGGAAAGCGGCCCAACUUGGAAGCCUAUUAUGAGCGUGUCCUGAAGAGAAAAGCAUUUUACAAAGUUUUAGGACACGUCAACAAUAUAUUAAUCUCAGCUGUGCUGCCAACAGCGUUCCGUGUGGCCAAGAAAAGAGCUCCCAGGGUUCUCGGCACCACCCUGCUGGUCAGCAUGCUGGCGGGAAUGGGUUAUCUUGCUUUCAUGUGUCUCCGGAAGAGGUUUACCAACGUGAUUCUAUCAUUUAGAACCAGGCAAAGUUAUUUUUAGACCCAUCUGUCCCUGGCGGUGAGGGGAGGGCAUCUCUACCCACCCUGGAAAAUAUCCCCAAUAAAAUAUAAACAUAGAAGGAAGAUUAUGUCUGUGAAUUAGAACAUUGUCACGCAGUAAUCAUCUCCUGCUAUUGUAGAGCUGGAUUGGCAAUGCCGAGAUACUUGUGGAAAACACAUGUGGGGGGACAACAAAGGAAAGAAGGGACUUUCUUUUCAGACAAGGACCUGUAAGGACUGUGACAGUGCUUUGUUAAAGUGGCGAUUGUCUCCUUUACACAGUAGCUGACCUAAUUAUAAUGCUUUUAUUUAAUAGACAUGCAGCAAUGUGACAGCUUUUCACUGCGGAUGAAAUGCAUUACUGUGCAGAAACCAGCAUUGCUGAAAUACAGAAAAUAGGGCUUACUCUAAGUAGUUGGAGUAGGAUUUAAGUGGAACAUAGGCUCUGUGCAUGUUGUGUGCUGGAGUGAGUGUCUCUGUACUGAUGAAUGUCUAUUGAUUUGCAGCUGGACCUUUAGGAAUGUUUUAAGAAGUAGUCUUGUGGAGCCACUUUUGUCACUCUAUGUUCAGGCAGCAGUGCAGGAAGAGACCUGAAACACAUAUCAUAGAAUUAUAGAAUACCAAGUUGGAAGGUACCUCAAGGAUCAUCUGGCUUUCUUGGCAAAAGCAUAGUCUAGACAAGAUGGCCCAGCACUUUGUCCAGCUGAAUCUUAAAGUGUCCAGUGUUGGGGAAUCCAGUUCAAAAAGGAGCACUUUACCGCCACCCUCUGGGAGGUUUCUCUAGGAGGAGGCUUUGGGAAACCAUAUCCGAAAGCCUUGGAGAAAUCCAGGUAGGCAAUGUCCACAGUUCAAUUUGCCUCUGUUGAAUUUAUGCUGGCUUUUCCCAAUCAUGUCCUUGGUUUGACUUGUGAUAGCCCACAGGAGGAUUUGUUCCAUAAUCUUCCCAGGGAUUGAUGUAAGAUUGAUGGACCUGUAAUUUCCUGGAUCCUCCCUUGAGCCCUUCUUGUAGAUGGGGUGACAUGAGCCUUCUUCCAGUCCUCUGGGAUGUCUCCCAGCCUCCAUGACUUUUCAGAGAUUAUGGAGAGUGGCCUUGCAAUGACAUCAGCCAGCUCUCUUGACACCCUCAGGUGGAUAUUGUCAGUGCCCAUCAAUCUGUAGGGGUCAAGCUCCCGUAACAGUUCAUACACUAACUUGUCCUUCACUGAUGGUGGAUCUGUGUCUGUGUCGACCUGGAUUUUGGAUCCCAAGACCUGGGGCCCAGCAGUGCUGGUAAAGACAGAAGUGAAGAAAGUGUUGAGAAUCUCUGCAUUUUCAGUGUUGGUAACUAAUUCCCCUUUCUUGCUUAACAGCAGGCCAGUAUUUUCCUUUUCUUUCUGCUUCUUAAUGUACCUGAAGAACCCUUUCUUGUAGUUCUUGACAUCUCUGGCAAGUUUCAGUUCAAGUUGAGCUUUUGCUCUUCUAACUGAGUCACUGCACAGCCUGGAAAUGCCCUUGUAUUUCUCCAUAGUUAUUUGUCCACUUUUCCAUCUCUAGUAUGCUUUUCUUUUGGUUUUGAGCAGACAUCAGUGAUUUGUGGGCCACACGAGUGAAAUUCUCCAGAGACAUCAGCAGUCAACAGAUGCUAGGCUUCUGCUGAAAUACAAAUGGGAGUGAAAAACCUGAAACUUGUCUUUUGAAAGCUUUUUGGGUAGCCUUUGGCUCAGCCAGGUACCCAGCUCAGCUGUGAGCCCUGGCUAAGUCAAACCAAACUAUCUCGGUGCACAUUUACUGCUUUCAUUGGGGUGACUUGAUAAGAGUUGUCUCCAUAUUAGUGUCCCAUGUACCUUUUUUUGUUUCCACUCUGAGCGCUAGCUAUAUCUUGCACACUACUUGGCUACGUUAGCAAUGGCACAUGCCUCUAUAAAAUGUUUGCCCACAGUGUGCCACAGCCAAGUAGAAAAUGUCUGCACAACAAUGCGUUUUGUAGAAGCAGUUUAAAAUAAUUCAGUAUCCUUCAGUCUGGUUAGGUAGCCUAGAUGGAAGGUGGAACUGUAGUUUAGCAAUCUGUUUACUUACGGAGAGGUGUCAUAUUGGUGGUAAGUGAAAAUAUAUGUCAGUUUGGAGAGAGAUUAUUUGUACUACAGAUUUUUUUGCAAAGCUGCACCCUUGUAGUAUGUAGGAAAGGCGUAGAAAAACUCUCUGAUAACUUCCCACUACUCAGCAGAUGCUGAGAGUUUUAUUAGGUUUGAAAUGAUCUCCCAGUUUGAUGAGAAGUGCGUAAUUACCUGGAAUAGGCUUUGAAUCAUUUUGCAGCAAGAAAGCAGUUGGGAAGGCCUGAAAAUUCUCAUGACAGUUUAGUAAGAUUUUUGUAUUCUUGCUGAAUGUCUGAAAGCCUCAGAGUUUUGUUUACAAGCUGUAGAUAACUGCAACAAGCAAAACAUAGCUUUGAAUAGCCUAAGAACAUUUUAGAUCCAGUGCUGAUGGCUUUGGUCUUUCUGCACACAGCAGAAGGAAGAUCCUCUCUCAAGUUUACUGGAGAGAACUGAGGCAGUUUCUGUCUGGGCAGUCUCACCAUCUAGCCCAUAUCAAAAUGGAUAAAAUUGUUGAAUACUCCUGCUCAUAAUUUAAUAUUGUGCUAGUUGUGUAGCAAAAGAAGACCUAAAUCUCAUUGCUCCUUUUCAGUAACAAGAAACAUGUUACCUAAGAAACAAUGCUUAAUUUCAUUUUUCAAAAAGACGGUUUUAUAUAAUUGUAUUUCAUGACCCAGUGGUUCUCAAGAACUUGUUGAGUUAAAUAUGCUCUAUUUAUAAAAGCUUUAUUAUCUUUAGAGUAAGUUUAAUCCAACAGUACUAUUAAUGUGCUGGCAGCUUCAACUGAGUUUGUUGUUUGUGUAUUGCAGUUCAUCUGCAUUUACUUGUAACAAACAAAUUCCACUAAGUUUAACACAGAGUAAGGAAGGCCUGUGACUUAAUGGUUUCCUGGCAUGUAUUCCUGUCAGGCCAUCUGUAAAGCAUAAUCUGAUCAAGUCAGGGUAAAAUUCAAUAUAUAUGAUUUAGCUUUCUUUAGAAUCGAUUUAUAUUUUACUUUUUCUUUCCUCUUUUUUAAUGCAUUAGUUAUAAAUAAGAACACUUAUAUUCCCAAAGGUGUGCCGGUUUAGCUCACACUAGCGGUCCUGUGGGCUGUGAUACAAGGUAAUUAUUGAUGAAGCAGUUCUACUUCCCCCCAGACGUCAGUGGUCUCUGCACUGCCAGGAGCUGAAGAUACUGGGAAGGAGGGAAGUGACCACCAGAUGUCAGUGGUCCUCCAGGGCUACAUUUUGGCAUGCCUUUGAGACGUGCAGGAAAGCACUAGUUUUCGCAAACAUAAUGUGAUCUCAGCAUAAGAUGGAUAUGAGCAUCCUCUUCAGACUAAUAGUCUCUCAAGAGCUCUUGAAACAACUGCGUUGGUCUACCACAGGUUGGUUCUCUGACACCUGUCAAUUAUACUUGUGUGUAGUUUCUACACUGGAUAGCUAAGAGGGCAAAGUUGAAAUAAUAUUUCACAUCAAAAUGAAUGUUACUGAACAGCAAUUAAACUUGUCUGCAGGAAUGAAUGUGGAUAAAACUUUUACUGUGGAGAAGUUUAGAUCUCUGGUUUAAUUCAUGUUUGUUAGUUCAACUAUUUGAAGCCUCUUUAUUUUCACUGCCCUGAAGUACUCUGUGCAACAUCAAUUUCUGUACAGGUGGCAGCAAAAGGCUUAUACAUGAUUAAAUUCCUCAAAAUAGGAUGAGAUUUAGAAGCACAUAUGCUGUGUUUUGCUCUUUGCGCAGGAUAGCUUUUGUGUGGUACUUGUAAAGUUUCGUUUCAGCCUGCCUUAUUUUCUUUCUGUGGUUCCUCUGUUUACUAUUUAGAUUGGAUACACAAGCCAUCUUCAGGUUUUCAUUUACCGUUUGUUCUCAUAUCAUACAUAAGAUAUAUUUCAUAUCUUUUUAUGUUGGAUCUGCACAAUAAACAUUGAUUCUAAGACCA